UUUUUUUUAAAAAAAAAAAAAGGUUUAUAGAUGAAUUAAUCAACUAAAACAAGAGAGAUAACACUAGUAAGUACUGAGUUUCCAACAAGAUUAAUGGUGGCAGAGCAACCAGUAGCAAGUGCUAGUAAAAGGGAGGCGGAUGGUGGUAUGGACUCAGAGUUAAAGGAAGCAGCAAUAUUUGGAAAUGUAGACUUGUUACGAAAAGCUCUUGACUCUAAACCAACUGAAUACUUCCUAUCCUGGGCGCCUCCAGAUCUAUGUUACCAAGGUGGUAACAUCUUCCACCUUGUGUUAAAUCGAUUUGGAUCAUGCUGUAACCCUCUUCCUUUCAUAAGAGAAGCGAUUCUGAGGUUACCCAAACAGGAUGUCAAACUUCUCCUCUCCCAACAAGAGACGAGGGAAAGUAGCAACCCUCUUCAUUUAGCAGCUUGCUGGGGCUGCCUUGAGAUCAUCCAGCUCAUGCUCAGUGUUUAUAAAUCUGACAGUAAUGAUCCUAUUACCGAAGAUCCUCCUGGCGGAAAACCAUGGUUAGCUUGUCAAUCGCAUGGUGCAACUCCCUUGCACAUGGCCCUCGUGUAUAAUAAGGAGGGAUGUGCUUUGGAAAUUCUGUCAAUGGAUAUGGAAUUGCUUUGUACCAUGCUUGACAAAAACGGAUGGGAUCCUCUCUACAUAGCUGUGCACAACGGAUUGAAUGUUUUUGUUGCAAAGAUCUUGGAAUCCGAUUGUUCUUAUAAUGUCAUUGGUGAAAUGUUUGAAGGGGUAGUAAAGAAUUGCUCAAAAGAAGUUUGGGGAAUAAUGUACAAGAAGCACUCAGAACUUUUGCUGAAAACUGAUCAACACGAUUUCUCGUUCCUCCAUUACUGGGUACACAAAGGCAAGUUGUCAUGGCUACUUCAAUUAUUGGAAGAGGUUGACAUUAAUGCCUUGGAGAAUUUAAGCCGUUCAGUAGACCAAGAAGGUAACACACCUCUACAUGCUGCUGUAAAUCAUGGUUACCAAGAGUUUGCAUCUUAUCUUGUGGAAAAAUGUACGCCACUUGAUCCCCCGCUUUGGCGAUGUGAGAACAAAGAUGGAAUCACCCCUCUUGACAUGGCAUUGCGUAAUAGAGAUGAAGAUCUAGCAUUUCUGUUCAUUUCUAAAGACUCUUGGACUUACAUAGAGCAUGACAGUCAUUGGCAAUCGCGGCUCUUCCUCGCUAUUGAAGCUGGAAUGGAUCGAGUAGUGCAACAAAUAUGCAGCUGUGUUGCUGAAGGCUCUCUGAAAUUUCGUAUCGCUGAAUACUCAGCGUUUUCCAGAAUUGGAACUACCAAUACGGACCGCGAGCAGCCAACGCUCUUACACCUCGUGCUCAAGUGCCAAGAUACUACAGCCAAAUUGUUGCUAAAAACAUUUCCUUAUCUAGUGUUCAAUGAGCGUUACCCAAACAAGAAGACAACCAUUGAGAUGACAUCAGAAGUUGGUCCAGAAUGGCUUACAAAGUUGUUGAUAACAGAACAUCCAUCCUCAAUCAAAAGCUCCCCUAAUGUUUGGAUCACACUUUGCGGUCGAGGUCACGUAGAAGCUCUUGAAGCCUUCAUAAAGUAUCACCCAGAUUUCAAGAAGCUUUGUAUAGCAGAACAAGAUUCACCCCUACACCAUAUUAAAUUGGCUAGUUACCAAGACUAUGAAAAAUUUCUAAAAGUUCCUUUUAUUUGGGAAAUGAGAAACAGUCCUGAUAAUGAAGGUAAAACACCUUUGCAUUGGGCACUUGAGAGAAAGGAUAUCUUGCUAGCAGAAGUACUACUAAAAAAUGGGGUUGAUCGCAAUAUCAGGGAUAAAAAGAAUCAAAGUGCUGCAAAAUUGUUAGCAAAGCUAUGUAAACGAGAUUAUGAAUGGGACAAGAUGUCUAGACGUUUGGGAAUCAAUCCAAGAUUACAAAAUCUAGGUUCAUCAGCCACAGAAAUGAGAACUACACUAUCAGUCGUGGCGGCCCUUCUUGCAACACUUACAUUUGCAGCUGCGUUUACAAUCCCUGGAGGCUUUAACCAAGAUACCGGAGAAGCUAUUCUAGCAACAAAGGCUUACUUUAUAGUGUUCAUAUUGGCAGACACAUAUGCUAUGUGUUGUGCAAUGUUAGCCUUAUUCUGCCUAGUAUGGUCUAUUGUCUCGGAUCAACAUGAGUCACAGGUACUAAUUGACCGCAGUGUGCUCGUACUCGUGCACUCUUUUUAUGGAACCUUGAUGGCGUUUGUGACUGGAAUCUACGCUGUGAUACACCAAAAGUCAUUAUGGGCAGCCAUCCUUGUUCUCUUCAUGUGCUCUCUCGUAGCCAUAAUAUCAAGCAGAAAGUCUUUUUUGUACAAACUACUUGAUAAAUUGGUCCCUACUAUAGAUAGGAAAAAAGAGAAAGAAUGUGUCGUAUAAUCAUGAUUUCUUGAUUUUUCCCAACAUGCCUUGUUCUUUUGGAAUUUAGUUAGUUCGAUUCAAUUCAGUUCCUUUUAGAUUAAUUUACUUCAAUUCAGUUUAAUUCAAUUCAAAUCAAUUUAGAUCCAUUCAAUAUAUUUUAAUUCU